AUGCAAUACGAUAAGGUGGACGAGACACUGCGAGACUUGAGAGAUCAGCUCUGUCAGUACGACUCCACACUGGCGGCGGCGCGAGAGCUUAGUGAUGGGAAUGAUGAGCCAUCUCAAGAGCUUGCCGCUGAGAUUCUUGGUUGGCUUAUGCAGGAGAACCCUCGAGUAAGGUUUUUCGUGCAGGCCAUGGGUCAUGAAAUGACUCCUGCAUCAGAGCAGACGAUUUCGAGGCUCAACGUAGGGGAUCCGAAAGAUCCCUUGACAGCUAGAAUGAGCCAGGUCGCAACUCAGGGACCAGGUCAUGAGGAGCUCAUCGAGCAGAUCGAUAGGUUGGAGGCUGCUGUUGUUAACGGUGACAGGCAUCCAAAUGAAAGACUUGGAGGCACAACUUCGACAACCGACACAACUAUCGAAGAGUACCAGCGAUCACGAGAGGCACACCAAUCGGAGCUUGACACUCUCCGAAAAGAGCUCGAUGCUAGAGAUUCUAAUAUUCGAGAUCUGACCGCUCAGGUUACCAGCGAAAGGGAGAAGCUUGGCGAACAUGAAGACUUGGUCAAUAGUCAACAGCUCCUGAUUAAAGAGCGAGACGAGGCACGCACUGAGGUCGAAUAUUACCGCCGACUCGCCGAUUCGAUAAAGGUUUCGUCAGAUAAAUGGAUGAACCUUUGCUCAAAGCGCGACAGAACAAUCCUCAGAUUCGAAAGCCAGGUCGCGGAUCUCGAGCAACAGUUGAAAGCGACAAGAACCCAAGAGACAACACGGGAAAGAGCCGGAGAUGAUUUGUCGGAUGAGCUCCGCCAUGUCCAACAAACUAUUCAAGAGCAAGGUCGAUCUCUUGAUAGUCCCCAGCAGUCCUUCAAUGCAUACGGCAAUGAGGCGAGAGGUUACGCAGAACUCACCGAUUGGAACGAAAGCCUGAAAGGCCAAGUCAACUCUUUGUCGAAUCAGGCGACACAUUACAAGAACAGGAGUGACAAAUACAAGUCAGCCUUGAACGAAGCGAAGCAGGCUCCCAGCGCUAUGGCGAAAUUACUCAUGGCCCAGUGUCCUUCAGGCGUCGAGUGGCCGGAAAUCAUUGAAAGCAUCGACUGGAACACUGAGUUGGUAGUGGCACUUCCUACUCAGAACCCAUGGAAGGUCCAGGAGACCUGGUCUAAAGAUCCAAUGUUGGCAGUGGGCGAGAGGACAGAGAGUCUUACUGCCUUGCUACUUCAGAUCGUGGCUUCUGUUGAAUCGAGAUCGCUUGUUGGUAUGGUCAGCUGCUCAGUGGCCAUACAGCAGAAGCUGGAUGGAGACUGUGCAUGCAUCAUCCCAGUUUUGAAACUGUUUCUCGAUACAGUAUCUGUCUGUAUUCAGGUUGAAGGUGUGCACGCCUUCCAAAUCUUCCUCCUACUCCAGGUCUCUGAGAGGAUUGGGCGAGCAUGGCCUGUGUUACAGGAUGAAGUCAAUGAAUUGGCCAACCGUGGUGGUAGUCAUGAGAGAAUCUCAUCCGUGUCUCGCUCUGUCACAUUGUGGGGUCAGGGUCAGCGACUGGUAUGUGAAACAUCACUCCAUCGUCAGGACUGGACCCUCGUUGGGUUCUUCAGGAAGCCUAAUGGUAUCUUGUUGCUUGGAGACUCUGAGCUUCGAUGGGCAGAUCACCACUUUUUGGAGAUCGAUCACGAUGGCAUCACUGCCACCAUCACUAUCGGCGAAGGGGAAGAUGAGAUUGAGUUUGUAGUCGAAGGGCAGGAGUGGAAUUGGUGGAUAGAUCAUAUUGUGUAG